AUGGAGGUUCCAACGGCAUCGUCGCUACGCGACAUUUAUCCAGAGGACGCGCUCCCAGUCGAGACCAAGCGAUGGGACAGCUUGCUAGCCAGAUUCAAGGAUCUUUAUGGCAAGCAGGCCGACUUCGUUGCCAGGAGUCCCGGUCGCGUGAAUAUUAUUGGCGAGCACAUUGAUUACUCUCUCUACGAGGUACUACCAAUGGCCAUCACGGCCGACUUCAUCAUGGCAGUUGCCGUCCGACCAUCUGAUGAGAAGCCCCGUGUACGCAUUGCAAACCUCAACUCAGAGAAAUUUCCCACGCGCGAGUUCGACAUCCCCGAAGGAGAGAUUCCGAUUAAUGCGACAGAACAUGAGUGGACCAACUACUUCAAGUCUGGUCUCAAAGGUGUAACACAGCUUCUGCACAAGAAGCGUGGUAAAUUCACGUCAGUUGGAAUGGACAUUGUAUGCGACGGAACUGUCCCAAGCGGUGGUGGUCUCUCAAGUUCGGCCUCCGUUGUCUGUACGAGUGCAUUGGCUGUGUUGAGCGCGAAUGGCGAACAAAACAUUGACAAGACUGAAUUGUGCGAGCUUGCGAUUGUAUCUGAGCGUUCAGUCGGUGUCAACUCCGGAGGCAUGGAUCAAGCAGCAUCAGUCUUCUCUCUGCGCGGCUCUGCCCUCUAUGUUUCAUUCAAACCCAGCCUCAAGUGCACAAAUAUUGAAUUCCCACAAACCGAUCCAGAGCUUGCCUUUGUCACAGCUCAGAGUUUUGUUGCAGCGGAUAAACAUGUCACAGCCCCAGUCUGCUAUAACCUGCGUGUAGUGGAGUGCACUCUCGCAGCAGUUUUCCUAGCAAAGGCAUUCGGCCUGAAGAAGGACCUCCCAACAGACUCCUCACCACUAGGAGUCAGCCUACGCGGCUUCCACGACACUUACUUCGAAGACAAAGAAGGCGUAGCCGAUAACACCAAAAUCUCCGUCUCCGAGUUUGAGAGCCAACUUACAAAGUUGAUCCAGCACACAGAAAACUAUCUCCCACAAGAAGACGGCUACACCCGCGACCAAAUCAGCGGCCUCCUCGGCAUCUCCGUCGACGAGCUAAACCAGCGCUACAUGUCCAAAUUCCCCGUCCGCGCAGACAAAUUCAUGCUUCGCCAGCGCGCCCUACACGUCUUCACUGAGGCCCUCCGCGUCAUCAAGUUCCGCUCGCUUCUUGCAUCCCCACCCUCAAAAGACAAGGACUACCUCCAAUCUCUUGGCGACCUCAUGAACACAACUCAAGACUCGUGUCGCGAGAUUUACGACUGCAGCUGUCCCGAGCUCGACGAGCUAUGCGACUUGGCGCGUGCGGCGGGCUCGUGUGGUAGUCGCCUCACGGGCGCGGGCUGGGGUGGAUGCAGUGUGCAUCUUGUGCCCAAGGAUAAGGUCGAGGCUGUGAAGAAGGCAUGGAUCGAGAAGUAUUACAAGAAGAAGUUUCCGGAUAUCACGGAGGAGAAGCUGGCGCAGGCGAUUGUGGUUAGUGAGCCUGGAAGUGGAAGUAUGCUGUUCAAGGUUACGGGCGAGAAACUUGCUUAG